UCGGCUUCCCCACCCGCGCGCCCGCUGGCUCCCCGGUUGGGGCUACACCUUGACCGAGGCCAGAGGCUCGCACCGUCCCGGGCAUCCUCCUUUCCCACAGUUCCCUGGUCGCAGCGCCCGACCUGCUGAUCGCGCUCGUCCACUCCUUCCUCGACGUUUUCGCCUUGCCCCCAUCGUCGGGGAAUGGGCGCCUCCGCGCAGAGCUCCGUUUCUUCUAAGGACGCAGGAUAGCGUGGCCGUCCAAAGAGCUCAAUGAUGGAGGCAGGCUCUGUGGUGCGGGCCGUCUUUGAUUUCUGUCCCAGUGUCUCCGAGGAGUUGCCACUGUUUGUGGGAGACGUCAUAGAAGUGCUGGCAGUCAUAGACGAGUUCUGGCUGCUUGGGAAGAAGGAAGGAGUCACAGGACAGUUCCCAAGCAGCUUUGUGGAACCUGUGGAUGUCCCUCCAUUGAAGCAAGGAGAGAAACUGCUUGUCUGCACCAGCAACUUUACUUCCCAGGAGCCUGGCAGUCUGACCUUGCAGAGAGGAGACCUUGUGAUUCUGGAUGGGUCUGUGGACCCUCAGUGGCUCCAAGGCCGAAGCUGCUGGGGAGCCAAGGGCUUCUUCCCAUCAUCCUGUGUGCAAGAACUCUGCCUCUCUGCCUUUGGUCCUCAGUCCCCUUAUGGUGCCACCCAGGAGAUGCCAUCCUAUGCUUUGGGUCAGGCUCGAGCACUGAUGGGCCUUUCAGCCCAGCUGGAGGAGGAGCUGAACUUCCGGGAAGGGGAUGUGAUUACCAUUGUUGGGAUCCCAGAACCUGGAUGGUUUGAGGGGGAGCUUGGAGGCCACCGAGGCAUUUUUCCAGAGGGCUUUGUAGAACUCUUGGGUCCCCUGAAAGCUAAGAGCAACCCUGAGGAGUCGGUAUCGUCUGAAAUCCACAGCGUCAAUGGAAUGCAAGACCUGUAUCCCAAGGUGGAGAAGGAGGCAUGGAAAGAUGGUGAGGAAUUGCCGGGGCCUUAUGGGAUUGCCCUGUAUCAGUUCCAAGCCCUGGAAUCCGAGGAGCUGGACUUCGAAGUGGGGGACAGGAUCCGGAUUCUGGAGGUCCUGGACGAUGGCUGGCUGGAGGGGGAGCUUCGAGGAAGACGGGGCAUCUUCCCCCACAGGUUCGUGCGGCUAGAGGAGAGUAGCCCACCCUCCAGGGAGCACUGGGAAUUGGAAUGCCUGCCAAAGGAUUCGGAGGCAGCAAGUGCCCAUAAAGCAGGUGGCCCUGGGGGGUGGGAGGACCCUGGAUGGAGCACAGGCUGUCCUGAGAAGGAUCCCGUUCAUCUUACAGCUAGGCAGGAGAGCUCUUUAGACUCCGAGCAUAAAUGGGACAAAACACUAAACUACCCAAAUGGGGGUUGCCCAGGAUCCAUUCCUUCAGUUGUGUCGGACUCUCCCUCUGCAGACUCGGCCAAGGCUGUAAAUUUUGCUUCUGGUAUCCCUCAGCCUGCACUCCAGUCAAACAGCCAGCUUGGUGACCAUGUGAGUAGCCCAGCACCCAGCCAGAGCUUGAGGGCCUCGUGGGGCCCUUCAGAGGCCUGCAAGCCCUCAAAGUGCGAUGGAGAUGCUUGCAGCCUUUCCCAGGAGCAUGUCCCUUGUGCGGAUACGGAUGCUUGCACAGCAGUCCCACACUGGAAACCCAAAUCCUGUUCAUCCACCCUCAGCAGGACCCAUGAAGGCCUGGACACUUGGCCUGUCUGCCAGGGGGAACGGGCUGAGUGCUCUCAAGGGAUGCUCCAUGGGGACAGUUGUGGGGACCUCGAUUCCAAGCUGACGGAGCAGCUGGCCCAAUUUGAGCAAAGCCUGGCCAAUCCCAUCAGUCACCCCGACUGCGGCACCCCGCAGCCAGACAGUGUCUCCCGGCAUUAUUCCAUCCUGGACUUCAACUCUGAGAAAGAUAUUGUGCGUGGUUCAGUGGAACAUACGGCACACAGGAGAAAGGUGCUGCGACCGCCACCUCCUCGGCCCAGCACCCCGGUCUCUGCCUCCAAAAGCACACCCCAGUCCCAGGCUUUCCCAACCUCCAUGCGGCCCUCCAGGCCGGCCCCACUUCCCCCAGCAGGCAGCCAGAGGAAAUGUCCAGCGUCAGCAAAGCUACCGCCAAGGAACAGAGGAGGACCAGGUAAUGCUGAGGAGUCCGGAAGUGCACCUCAGUGUCUCUUCCUGCUGAAUCGUCUCCAGGAGCUGGAGCAAGAACUGGAUGUUUACAGAAAGACCCGAGCAGAGCUCAGUGCCAUGCUGGAGCAGCCCCAGGAUGAGCUUGGGCACACUGAGGCUCUGGAAAACUUGGAACUCUGUGACUGCAAAAUCGAAAGCCUCUGCCUGGAAGCGCAGGAGUUGAGGGAAAUGACCCUGCUCUCCUCCCAGCCAGCCUCCCUGGACUCUGCCACGGCAGCCGCCACUCCCAACCCAGAGCAAAGGAUGUUGGAGAAGAGGGCAAAGGUCGUUGAUGAGCUGCUGCAGACAGAGCGGGAUUAUAUCCGGGACCUCGAGAUGUGUGUGCAGAAGGUCCUCGUGCCAUUGCAGGAAGCACAGGUGCCUCAUGUAGACUGUGAAGGGUUGUUUGGAAACAUCCAUGGGGUAAUUUCCUUCUCAAAGAAGUUGCUGAACACACUGGAAGCUGCCAAUGCUGUUGGACCAACUUUCCUGGGGCUUCGGGCUGAGCUGGAGUCUGUGUACAAAGUGUACUGCCACAACCAUGAUGAGGCCAUUGCACUCUUGGAAGCCUAUGAGAAGGAUGAGAGGGUGCAGAAGCAUCUGCUGGAGUCUCUGGAAAUCCUUCGGAAUCUGUACAGUGAAUGGGGCUGCACCAACUACAUUGACCUGGGCUCCUUCCUGAUCAAGCCUGUGCAGCGUGUGAUGCGCUACCCGCUGCUGCUGAUGGAGCUCCUGAGCGCCACGCCUGAGUCGCACCCUGACCAAGCACCGUUGGCAGCCGCUGUCCUGGCCGUCAAGGAGAUCAAUGGCAACAUCAACGAGUACAAACGGCGAAAGGACCUGGUGCUAAAGUACCGGAAGACGGAUGACGACAGCCUCAUUGAGAAGAUCUCCAAGCUCAACUUCCACUCCAUUAUCAAGAAAUCCAACCGGGUCAGUAGCCACCUCAAGCACCUCACAGGCUUUGCACCCCAGCUCAAAGAUGAAGCUUUUGAGGAGACAGAGAAGAAUUUCCGGAUGCAAGAACGGCUGAUUAAAUCUUUUAUCCGGGAUCUCUCCCUUUUCCUUCAGCAUGUCCGGGAGUCCGCUUGCGUAAAAGUGAUGGCAGCACUGAGCAUGUGGGACCUGUGCAUGGAGAAGGGCAGUGCUGAGCUGGAGCAGUUCCAGAAGGUUCAUCGCCUCAUCAGUGACCAGCUUUUCUCUGAUUUUAAAGAGCGCACCGAGCGCCUGGUAAUCGCCCCUCUGAAUCAACUGCUGAGCAUGUUUGCUGGGCCUCACAAGCUGGUGCAGAAACGUUUUGACAAGCUCCUGGACUUCCACACGUGCACGGAGCGCGCUGAGAGACUGAAGGACAAGCGGACGUUGGAGGAGUUGCAGUCCGCGCGCAACAAUUACGAGGCCUUGAACACGCAGUUGCUGGAUGAGCUGCCCAAGUUCCAGAGCUGCGCCAAGGAGCUCUUCACGGGCUGCCUGCGUGGCUACGCUGAGGCCCACUGUGACUUCGUGCGCCUGGCAUUGCAGGAGCUGCAGCCUCUGCUCUCACUGCUGCGGGUGGUUGGCAGAGAGGGGAAUCUUGUGGCCGUCUUCCAGGAAGAGCACAGCCGGGUCCUUCAGCAGCUGCAGGUCUUCACCUUCUUCCCUGAGAACGUUCCUGCCGCCAAGAGGCCCUUUGAGAGGAAAAGCCUGGAGCGCCAGUCUGCACGGAGGCAGCCGCUUCUGGGCAUGCCCAGUUACAUGCUGCAGUCCGAUGAGCUGCGUGCAGCCCUGCUGGCGCGGUACCCCCCUGACAAGCUGUUCCAGGCCGAGCGCAACUUCAACGCAGCCCAGGAGCUGGACGUGUCACUGCUGGAGGGUGACCUGGUGGGUGUCCUCAAGAAGAAGGAUCCCAUGGGCAGUCAGAACCGCUGGCUCAUUGACAAUGGGGUGACCAAGGGCUUUGUGUACAGCUCCUUCCUGAAGCCUUACAACCCACGGUGCAGCCACUCAGAUGCCUCUGUGGGCAGCCAUUCCUCCAGCGAGUCUGAGCACAGUGGCCCUUCCUCGUCCCGGGGCAGCAGUACACCAAGCAGCAUGUUGGGCAAUGCUUGUGUGAGCAGCCCCCAGAAAUCUGCACCGGACUCUGGCUCCCAAGGGGAUUUGGCUGGUUCUCCUCAGGCCCUCUCAGAGGUGGAUGCCAUCUGCCAGCCUCAGACAGGCACUACUGCAGAGUCUCUGCAGCCGCCUCGACUGGUCCCAGCAUCCCGGCGAUACAGUAACCCUGAUCCACGCAACGGACAUCUUGCCAAGCCCAGGGCAAAGGCAAUGCCAUCGCUGGAGGAUGGCAACCCAAGGCUGAAGAGCAGCGAGUGCAAGAGUAACCAGGUCUAUUAUGCUGUUUACACUUUCAAGGGCCGGAACGCCAAUGAACUGAGCGUAACAGCCAAUCAAAGGCUAAAGAUUCUGCAGUUUGAAGACAUCACUGGCAAUCAAGAGUGGUGGCUGGCAGAGGCACACGGGAGGCGGGGCUAUGUGCCAUCCAGCUACAUUCGGAAGACGGAGUAUACGUGAAGCGCGUGUCUGGAGAGGGCAGAAACCGGUGCCUUAAUCACCCUCAAAACUAGACGGAAGAGGAGGGAGGUCCUGCUCCAUUCCCCCGAUGGAUUUUGAUUUGGAUACCUUUGGCGGGGAGCUGGAUCAGGUUUCUGUCAAGGAUGCAAUGCUCCCAUGGAAUUCUCUGUGUUAUCAGAUGAGGCAGAACCGCAGGGCCUGGCCUGAGAAGCAGCAGUGAGUAGGCUGCUCUGCCUUCCCUUUCAGUAGCUGGGCUGCAGGUUGUCCGCAAAGGAGACAAGCAUUAGCUGCAGGGGAGUACCUGGAAGAGGGUAGCCAGGCGCAGUGGUGAGAGGGGCCGUUAAGAGCACAGAAAGAGCCCUGCGGGACAGUCCAAGCAGGCCAGCCUUCCCCAGCUUGAUGUCCUCCAGAGGUGCUGGGAGUACAAUUCCCAUUACUGGGUAUAAUUCCAGUCCGUUCUGGAGGGUGCCAAAUUGUGGAAGGCUGGACUCCAUGGACCAGUAUUGUCUCCCACCAUGGCCAGCCUGAUGCUUUCAGGAAGCCCACCAUGAAGGCAACAGCUCAUUCCUGCGGCUUGCACCCCAAGCAACUGGUAUUCAGAGGCCCCUACUGCGGCGGAACCUAGAGCUUCAGUUUAGCUGUCAUGGCAAGUAGCUACUGCUAGAACUUCCCUGCAGGCAGAGGCAUGGUUGUGGGCCUCUUGUUUGGAGCUGGGACUAACAGAAGGUCAGGUUGCAAAUCAGCAUCCCCUACGAGGGUAUUAGGGUAUAAAAAAGAAAGUGUUGAAGGGUCUGUCUCAGUGUUACAUUGCCUUGACUCUUGCAGGGCAGUAAGGGCUCCCUUGGGAGGAGUCCAUUGCCCACCUUGGAUGCUGCGAUGUCCUUGUGGGAGGAGGGUAAAGGUGAGGCUGCCUUCCUCCCCCGGGUACCAGUCAGAAUUUGGAGGGUAGGGAUGGACUAAAUUCCUGCACUGGAGAGAAUGUAAUUGCUGCAUUUUGCCUCCUGUGCUGCUGUUUUAUAAAUAAAAAAUCUUUCUUGAAAUGA